AUGCAGAGCGUGGAGAUGACCGGCGCGAAACCGGGGCGACAUCAACGACGACCAGCGCCGGGAGCCGACCAUGUGAAGCAUAGGAGGACGAGAUCAGGAUGCUUUACCUGUAGGAAUAGACGUGUAAAAUGCGACGAAGGCCGCCCCACAUGCGAGAGAUGUAAGAAAGGCUCGAGAGAAUGCUCCUAUCCGGAAACAACGUCAUCAAAGACUGGCAGCGCCGGCAGCUCAAAGGCUGGCCAGUCAAGUCUAACGCCACCAUCCGACGAAUACGACGAUGAGGUUGAUGUAGACCGCCUCGAGUCCAUACAGAACGAAGAUGAGGACCUAUUCGAUGCAAGUCAAAGCAGGAACACACUCGCUAAUUCAACCCAUACACUACAACAACAAAGUCAUAGCCGUUUAAGCUCCGAGACGCCAUCUCUGGUGCAAGAUAAAGGCAGUUCGCCCUCCCCAUCUACCGAAGGAUCCAUAGGAUAUAAUGCUCACCUGCAUAAAGCUGAUCAGAGGCUGGCGAAGCCUUCUCGUCUCCCCCCGACCAAUGACGGAGGCAAGCCUGACUGGUCAGGCCUGCCCCGCGAUCUACAGUUCUAUCUCGAAUAUUUCGUCGCGAAUGUCACCCAUCACCACUAUUAUUUCAAGAAGGAUGCAGGGAAUUUCUUCCACACGACAUUUUUACAAGCAGCACUGCGGAAUAAGUCGCUGUUGUAUGCUGUUGUUGGAUUUUCCGCGUUUCAGCGCACGCUCCACAAUCCAGAAGGGAAGAUACAGGACUUCCUACAGUACUACAACAAAUCUGUUCAGCUUCUAUUGAAGUCGCUGAGGCGAGGCGAAGGGAGAAAUGUUCAUACAAUGUAUUGCAUUUUGCAACUCGCAACCAUAGAGGAAUAUCUAGGAGACUGGGUAAAUCUUCUGAGUCACCAAAAAGCCGCAUAUUCUAUUUUGACCAGUCUCAUGACGCCUCAAACUGCCAUGGCGACGGAUCUCAACCGGGUGCUGCUCGGCUGGUAUGCCCGAUUCGACGUAUUCGCGGGCCUUAUAGGCGGCUUCAAAACCGUGCUUUCCCAAGAAUGGUUUACAGUCAAGCUGCAAUUCUACACCCACAAAGUCCAGACGGAGCCAGACAAUAUCCUCUGGAAAAUCGAUGAGACGGCUUCAAAAAUCAAUAUCAUAGCUAUGGAAAUGUCGGUCCUGUUUGCGAAAAUAAGCAAAGGCGAGAUCAGCAUUGAGCAAUUCAAUUUUGAGAACGAGAUGAUCGCAAAGAGGAUCCGAGAAUCCAUACCCAACAUGGAUCCGGCGCUCCACGACUCGAGGUAUAAAGUCACAGAUUUCACUGGUGCACGACCUCUAGACCCGGAAGAUAUUGUGAACCCCUAUGAGCCAGGACUCAUCCAAGAGGGCGUCCUCUGGCCCAUCAACAUUUGCAAGCUCGAUAUAUAUGCGCUGGAUUUGAUGCGACUGGUCCAGACCGCCCAAAUCCUGCAAAUCCAGACGAAGGACGAGGAGGUAUUUAUCCCCGCAUUCCAAAUCUGCCAAAUGUUCGAAGCCGUCGAAUACUGGCCACGAAGCCCCAAGGGCGCCAUCCUGUCUUGCCUGGCCAGCCUCGGGAUUGCAGCCAUCGCACUUCCCCGCGACCAGCGUCACAUGAACUGGCUGCGGAGGAAAUUCACGGUGGUGGAAUCGAACGGAUACAUCUACCCCGUUACAUUCCGCGAACGCAUAUCUGAGUUAUUCCAGGAUCCGACGUGCAUGCAAUGGUGGCUCCCGAACGGCGAGAACUACCCACCGACCAUCCGCUCGAUUCGAAGCUUCGUCGAGGAGCGCACGUCGACGCCGCGCGACGAGGUGACGGAAGAUCUGCGCGAUAUGAAGGUCCUAUUUGGCUCCCUUAAUCUCGAAGAUGACAAGUCGAAAUCAACGCCGUCGGACUCGGCUCUGGCAGACAGCAAUAGUCCGGAGUGGAUACAGCCUAAUUAUAUCAGUGCAUAUACGACAGGGACAGAGGAUCAUAACGCACCGCCCAAUUCUCAACAGCAAUGGUUUGGCAUCGAAGGCUUCCUGAUGCAAGAUCCCAACGAAUACAGGCCAUCAUAA